AUGACGUCCAUGCAUGUGGAUCCAAAGCUAAAGGGGGAAUUGAAGAUGCGGAAUUUGAAGAACGUCGGGCGUCUGGUGGACAGUGCCGAGUUGCUCGUGAAGGCUAUUCAGAAGGACUCACUGGUGCAGCAGCUUGCGAUCAACAGCCCUGUCGUGGCUCAUGUGAUCAACAGCCCUGAUGCAUUGAAGAAGAUGUUAAGAGCUGCCUUCCCAGACUUCAAUGCACUGGACCACUUGCAGGACAAUGUCAACGCCCGCGUCUACGACUUGAGCAGAUCGUCGUGGGACUUGCGCCGAAUUCGGUCCAUCCACUACACUGGACCACUGAAGCCUUGCUACACUCACGCGGAGGAUUUUGCGGAGGAGGACUGGGAUCA